AUGCAUACCUCCCAGCAUGACCUUUUCCAGGAGGAACAGAAUACUCUGCUUCUGGCCUUGUCACUUAAUUUUGUUAAACCAGAUUUUUCAGCACAGGGCGAGCACAACGGCAAGGUUCUGGUGCUGGGAGGCAACAACUGCAUCCUCAUCCAGCCCCAUCCCCUUCACGAUCACCCUCACCCUCUCCUGCCCAAUCCCCCUCUCCUGCCCAAUCCCCCUCACCAGCCCACACCCCCUCUCUUUCCCAAUCCCCCUCACCAGCCCACGCCCACUCUUUCCCAAUCACCAUCUCCAGCCCACACCCCCUCUCCUGCCCAAUCCCCCUCUCAUGCCCAAUCCCCCUCUCCAGCCACCUCAGCCUCUCCUGCCCAAUCCCCCUCUCAUGCCCAAUCCCCCUCUCCAGCCACCUCAGCCUCUCCUGCCCAAUCCCCCUCUCCAGCCACCUCAGCCUCUCCUGCCCAAUCCCCCUCUCCAGCCCAAACCCCCUCUCCUGCCCAAUCCCCCUCUCCAGCCCAAGCACACUCUCUUUCCCAAUCCCCCUCUCAAGCCCACACCCCCUCUCCAGCCCAAUCCCACUCUUUUGCAAAAUUCCCCUCUCUGCCCCCCUCACCCUCUGUGUCCCAACAAAACACACCACCACCCUCACCCUAUCAUUCCCAAACCCACUCUGAAAGAACCUCCCCCUUCCAUCCUGUCACACAAUUGGACCCUCCUUCCCCCAUCCUGCCUCCUUCCCCCAUCCAGCACCCAUCCCCCAUCCAGCCAACCUCUCCCCUCCAGCCUACAUCCCCCAGCCAGCACCUAUCCCCCAUCCAGCCUCCAUCACCCAGCCAGCCAACAACACCUACAGAAUGGGCAGCAGAGGCCCCAGAGCCACUAGAGGGAGGUGGCCAAGUGGCAGAGGAGAAUGAUGCCAUUGGAGAUCCCACAAGACUGGCAGCCAUCGUGGGAAGGCUUAAAUCACAUUUGGAGGCCAUGUUGGCCGAAGUUAAUAAUUUGGAUAAUUUAAUGGAAAAAAAGAAAAAAAAAAUUAUGUUUAUAAAAAUAAUAAUAUUGUUGACUAAAUAA